AUGAAGAGGAAUUUCACCGACAGUUCAACCCGUACUACAGCAGGCUGCCUACCUGUGCCACUGUUCAACCAGAAAAAGAGAGCCAGACAACCACUCACUUCAAACCCUGUUAAAAAUGAGCCAUGCACCAGCAAUACAGCAGAUACUUUGGACUUUUCUACCAUGCUAGCAGAUUUUGGCUGGGAAGCUACAAAUCCAGAGCCAACUCAGCUGCAGAAAACAACAGGCAUUGAGUUAGAGAAGAACAAUGCCAGUCCUGACGUUUGGAGAAGAAAUGGUUCUGUAGCUUCUGGAGGAAGAACAGAAAACAGAAAGAUUCCAAAGAUGGAAUACGGCUCCAGUUGCUUAACAGAGACAGGAUCAUGGCAGCGGAAACUCCCUGGCCCUCCAAAACCACCACAAAACAUUGACAUGGGAGUGACAGGGCAAAGUUAUUCAUCUACAGCACAACAACCAGGGGUAGCAAACAACACGCCAAGAGGCCUAGUGGGUCAGAGUACAUCAUACAAAUUUAGGCACAAUCCACCACACCAGCACAACGUUAAUGAGAAGAAAACUGAUCAUACCCAAGGUGACAAAAUGAUUCAGAAAGUGCCACCCUCUCAAUUCAGGCUGAAAGAAAAAGACAAUUCGCUCAGAAUCCUGUCUGCUGUCAUUGAGAGUAUGAAGCACUGGAGUCAGUAUACUAAUAAAGUACCGCUGUUGUUUGAAGUAUUAGGCGUUCUGGAUUCUGCAGUCACCCCUGGACUAUAUGGUGCAAAGACUUUCCUUUUGAGAGAUGGGAAGGAGAGUGUCUCUUGUGUAUUCUAUGAGAUUGACCGGGAACUUCCACGAUUAAUCCGAGGUCGGGUCCACAGGUGUGUGGGAAAUUAUGAUGCAAGUCGGAAGCUCUUCAAGUGUGUCUCUGUAAGACCGGCCAAUGUUCCUGAACAACAGACUUUUCAAGAUUUUGUCAGAAUUGCAGAUGUUGAAAUGGGUAAAUACGUGAAAGCAAGCAAUGAAGUUUAACCAAUAAAGGUAAGCAAGAAGCCUUAAUAGGACACCAGUGGAAAGAUACUCAGAGCUCUUCACGGCAGCACCAGAGAAAAGCUUUGUUGUCGUCAUCAAUUGCAGAGUUAUGUGCUCCCUAAAAAUAAAGUUAUUGUUUAUUGGUUUAAACUAGAGUUGUUUAUUAGGUUUUCCCGCUGUAACUAUUAAA